AUGGGUGACCUCCGCCAGAGGGCAUCCUAUCCGGACAUCACAUCCAGUGAUGCCUCGACAAACCCAAAUCCAAACGAAGCUGGACUGCUGGUACAACGAAAUGACAACUCGCAAAAGACAAUCCAAAAUGCGCAUCCAUCGGGGAAGGAGAAGCAUAAUCGGUUAAUCCAGAUCCUUAGGGGUGUUUCACUGGCUAUCUUCUUCACAGCAUGUUCUGUUGGCAUUGUCGCGACCCAGUUCCUCGGCGCACCACUGUACUGGAUCAAUCGCGACCUCUACUACACCUACAUGGCUCUUACGAAACAGUCAUUCGGCUUAACCAUCACGACUAUGACACAGUGGUGGGGUCCGACAACCAUUCGUAUCAGCGGCGAUGGUUCCGUCGCCGGCCAGAUCAAAAAGACCCCCGACGGCCGCGUCGAGUUCAACUUCCCCGAGCGCAUGGUCAUGAUCGCCAACCACCAGAUCUACACCGACUGGCUCUACCUCUGGUGGGUGGGCUACGCCAACGCGCCCCGCAUGCACGGCUACCUCUACAUCAUCCUCAAGGAGUCGCUCAAAUACCUCCCCAUCGUCGGACAAGGAAUGAUGUUCUACGGGUUCAUCUUCAUGUCGCGCAAGAUGAACGUCGACCAGCCGCGGUUAGCCUACAGACUCGGGAAGCUAAAGACCAAGCAUACGCAUAACGGGAGACAAUAUCUCAACCCCAUGUGGCUCCUGUUGUUCCCUGAGGGAACCAACUGCACACAAAACGGAAGGAACAAGUCCAAGAAGUGGGCGGACAAGAUCGGUAUCAAGGACACUGAGCACGUCCUCUUGCCGCGCAGCACCGGUAUCUACUUUUGCCUGAAGGAGUUGAAGGGCACGGUAGAAUACGUUUACGACUGCACUGUUGCCUACGAAGGCGUUCCCCGCGGCAUGUACGGCGAUCAAUUCUUCACCCUCUCCUCUACCUACCUGCGUGGCCAACCCCCGAAAUCUGUCAACUUCUACUGGCGCCGGUUCGCCGUCGACGACAUCCCGCUCGAAAACCAGGACGAAUUCGACGUCUGGCUGCGCGAGCGCUGGUACGAGAAGGACGCGCUGAUGGAGCAGUAUCUGACGACCGGUCGCUUCCCGCCUAGUCCGCCAACCAAGGAGGGAGGCCAUGAGGGUCACUUGGAGACGGAGGUGCGAGCGAGACAUCCGCUGGAGUUUUUGCAGAUUUUCUCCGUGUUGGGCGCCGCGGGAGUGUUGACUACCACGGCGGCUAGGACGUGGGGGAGGGUGGCGCAGUGGCUAUCGUGA